AUGGUCCACGACAAAGACGGGAACUCCGUCGUCAGGAUGGGAGCUUCGGGCGACAUGGCCCAAGCUUCGUUGACUGCCGCAGUACAUACUGCCUUUGACAGCGCGAAAUGGUGGGGGCGCAUCAUGGACGAGGGACGUAUCCUGCCAUCUGUUGGCGGCGGAGCCAACGUCAUGUGUACGUCUGCGGGGCAAACCACGUCCUUGGUUUUUGAUCUCGAAGAGUCACGACGGGUAGAACGUACGUCACCGAAGGAGACGGAAAGCUGGAACGCGACGUCGACAGCAUCCAACAGCAUAGGGUUUCAACUUUCAUCGCGACAGGAUGGUUCCGUCAUCAGUGCAACGUGUAGCAGAAUCAACGUUCGUAUUUCGCCAGCAGCGGGAUUGAGGCACGGUGAAGGGGCAAGCAGCUCUGUGGCCGGUGACCGGCUCGAUGGAGUCGAUAGUGAUGUUGCGAGCAAGCUUCGCGUCAAAAUCACUGUGGACGGUGUUGUGGCGACGUCUUCGUUGGAGACGGCGAGUACCCAAGGAUUCGGAAUAUCUCUCGUGAGCGUUGAAGGCACAAUCGUGUUUGAGGUUUGUCUGCUCGAUCCUGAGGAGGAAAUUCGUGGUGGCGGUGGACCCAUUGUUCCAGGAAAUUGCAUGGCUGAGACGGUGUUGAUUCUCGAGAUUUUCUCCACAGAAACACAGAUAAUCCAGCGAAGGUCGUCGAGCGGAACAAUGCCGUCCGGCAAGAUACCCUAUGGUGUGGAGUCGUACAAGGGCGACACUGGGAGUACGCGCGUCGUUUUUCUUGUCGGUCUCGAAUCGGUGGACGGCUACAACCUCAGCACGCUGAACCUGAUGAAGCAUCUUCCUCCUAAUUUUCGAGUUUCCGCCCUGGACGUGUCUUGCACAUGGGGUGUGACGUUUUACGCAACCACGACGUGGGACGAGGCUCAAAGGCAAAGCGUGACCGUAGGCAAUUUACUCUACUCCAUGCUCGUGGGCGCCGCAACAUGGAGUAGCGUUACCUCAGCCCUGCCAGACAUCGCACGAGGGCUAGGCGACCUCUAUCGGCACCUGACCAACUUUGACGUGCUCGUCAUUUCCAACGGGGCGAAGGACGCCGAUGCGUACCUCCUUCACGUCGCAAGGCUAGCUGGGGUUGGCGGCCGGGUGGUUAACCUGGGCGCUCUUGCCGGCGGUUAUAUGUCGCCGUUUUUCUCCGGAGCGACCGCUCUCAUCGGGCCAUCGCAAUUCGUCGCACACAAUCCGGCGGUCCACCGGCACACCGGGGGGCUGCCGGUCAAGGUCUGCCAUCCAGUGAUUGAUGCCGCCCGGCUUCUUGAUGCUGCUCAAGCAUGUCGCACUGCUGGCGCACAGACACCGGACGCCCGCGGGCAGGCGACAGAGCUCCGCGAAUACGGUGCGAUGAUUGAGGGUGCAACAUGUGCAGCUUGCUCUAGCGAGCUUCCGCCCGCAAGGUUUUUCUUCGUCGGGCGAGUGUCGAGAGAGAAGACGCCUGGCAUGUUCCUGCGUGCCAUGGCGGUUCUUCGGAAGAGAUGGAUGGAAGGGCCACGACAGAGAUUUCAGCCGGAAGGAGUCGUGGUAGGAAACGGCCCGCUUCAAAAUCACAUGGAAAGGCUCGCAUUGGACCUCGACGCAAACGUUAAGUUUAAGGGGUUCCUUUCGGUCGACGCCGUUCCCUGCGAGGUUCAACGGGCGACGGCUCUUGUGCUGCCCUCGACUUGUUCAGAGACAUUCGGGAUGGUGGUACCCGAGGCAAUGCUUCUUGGCGUGCCGGUAGUCACGUUCGGCUUUGGAGGCAGCGGCGAGCUGAUAAGCCACAUGGAGAACGGCAUGUUGGUCGCGGAAGCCACACCAAAGGCGCUGGCAGACGCCCUCGAGCUCUUAGCGACGGACACUGCUUUGAGAAAUCGCUUAGGGGCGCAAGCUAGACAGGACGCUCUUCGGGUACUUUCUCUGCCGGAAAUGGUCGCUUGCCACACUGACGAAUUUGCAUCUCCCACCAAGCGUUGAGGUGCAGGUUGGUCCCUGAAGUGUAGA